AUGAACUUCUCUGGAUUAGGAUCCUACUCUAAGUCAGUGAAUGAAUUCAUCCUUCUGGGGUUUCCCUGCAGUAAGGAAAUUCAAGUCAUCCUGUUUAUGUUCUUCUCCAUCGUCUACCUCCUGACUCUCAUGGGAAACAUAGCUAUUAUCUGUGCUGUGUGUUGGAACCAGCAUCUCCAUACCCCCAUGUACAUCCUGCUGGGGAAUUUUGCAUUCUUGGAGAUCUGGUAUGUCAACGCCACUGUCCCAAACACACUGGUCAACUUCCUCUCAGAUACCAAAGCCAUCUCAUUCACUGGUUGCUUUCUCCAGUUGUAUUUUUUCUUUUCUAUGGGCUCCACUGAGUGCUUCUUUCUCUCAGUAAUGGCCUUUGACCGAUACUUUGCUAUCUGUCGUCCUCUGCAUUAUGCCACAAUUAUGACUGGACAACGUUGUAUCCACCUUGUGAUUUCCUGUUGGGUGUGUGGUUUUCUCUGGUACCUAGUGCCUGUUAUUCUCAUCUCUCAUUUGCCUUUUUGUGGUCCUAAUGUGAUUGAUCACUUUGUAUGUGACUCAGGCCCAUUGCUGACCCUUUCAUGUACUCCUGCUCCUAUGUCAAAGCUCAUUAGCUAUACACUGAGCUCCCUCAUCAUCCUCCUUAGCUUCCUUUUCAUCGUCAUUUCCUAUGCCCUGGUUCUACUUGCUGUUCUUCAGUUGCCCUUGGCAUCCAGUCGGCAUAAGGCCUUUUCUACCUGUGGGUCCCAUUUGGUCGUGGUUCUGUUGUUCUAUGGUACUAUUAUGGUGAUGGAUGUGAGCCCUGGAUUCAGCCACUCUACCUUAAUGUCAAAGAUCAUGACUUUGUUCUAUGCAAUGGUGACUCCACUCUUCAAUCCCCUGAUUUACAGUCUCAGAAAUAAGGAGAUGAAAAGUGGUCUGUGGAAAGUUCAGGAAAAGCUUAAGAUUUCUUUAAAAGUCUUUGGCAGACAGUCCAGAAGGAGUGUGGAAUAA